UCUUCCUCUGAACUGGGCUCUAAAUGGGGCUCGCUAGAAGAGCAUUUGCUCUCAUGCUAUGUCAAGUUUCCUAACACCCCGGCCAUAAUAGGUGGCGAUUUUAAUGCCCGCACAGCAGCAAAUUGGGACUCGCUGACCAAAGCCAAAUGGUGGGUUACCCCAAACCUUGAUAAUUAUGAUCUGGAACAUAUCAUGAGGAGAACUUCUAAAGACCAACGAGUUAAUGAGGCUGGAGUAUUCCUCUACCAAAUGGCCAUCCGUUUAAAUCUGGUCCCCCUAAAUGGCACAUGCCUCCCUGAUAUUCCAGGGGAUUUCACUCACCUGAGUGUUAAAUCAAACAGCGUCCUCGAUUACCUGCUGGUCUCCAGUGAUCUACUUAAGUGUAUUUCCUCCUUUAAGAUCGAGAAUGUACAAUCUAGUGAUCAUCUUCCCCUUGUAGCCAAGCUUUCCCUGAAUUGGCAGUUGGAGACCUAUAGACAUGCGACCCAGAUGGUAACCAACGUAUCUCUUCAAGUAAGAGGAAUCAAAUGGUCGGAGACCCAGGCUCAAAGGUAUCAGGAAUUCUUUCAAAAGAAAUCCUCGGGCCCCAUCCCUACAUAGGCUCUGCCUCAGAUGAGCAUAGCAUAGUGUUGAAACGCUUCCACCAUCAUACGACGGACCUUACGUCCUUCUUCAGGUUACCACCCAAAAUAUUAAAUCGAAACGAGUAUACUUACGGUGCCCCCUGGUAUAACUCUCAGUGCAAACAAGCAAGACAGCGCCUUCGUGCUAUAUAUAAUGUAUAUAAGACCUCCGAUGCAUCUACUCUGCCAGCUAGUUAUGCACAAGCCAAGCAAGUUUAUAAACGCACGCAGAAAAUUGCCAAACGUGAGUGGCAACAUAAUCGCUGGCAGGCCUUGAUUACUGCUUCAAAAUCACAUAGAUCCAGGGAAUUCUGGUCUCUGAUUAACAGAAGGGUGAGGAAAUACCCAAGGGCAGUCAUCCCUGCACCGACAUGGGAAUUGUUCCUGAAGAAAUGUUUCUCACAGGCAGAUGCUCCCUCCGACCAUCUGAUGCAUCUGUUCUCCCACCUACCUAUUUGGCCUCCCACCGAUCCUGACGAAAUAGCCAAGCUAAUAGCCCAGCUGAAAUUGGGCAAAGCCCCAGGGCCCGACCUGAUCCCUGCUGAAGCCAUCAAACUACACCCAAAAUGGUGGGCUGGCAUCUUGGCCAAAACCUUCGACGCAAUCAACGCUUCUGGUAUCAUCCCCAAAAUAUGGAAGGAGGCCAUUAUAGUUCCAAUUCAUAAAAAAGGUUCUCCAAUGGAGCCGGAAAAUUACCGUAACAUCAGCCUCCUUUCGAUCAUAGGGAAAAUUUAUGCCAGCUUUUUGCUGACGAAACUAUCGCGAUGGGUAGAUGAGACUAACCAGAUUGGCCACGAACAAGCAGGGUUCAGAAUUAAACGCUCUACAACUGAUCAUGCGAUAGUUCUUUACCAUCUGGCACGGAAGUACUCCUCCCCUCCCGGGGCUAUCUGUGUGCUGCCUUCUUAGAUCUUAAGGCAGCCUUCGACAGCGUUCCUAGAAAUAUUCUUUGGGAGAAACUUGCGAAACAGGGCAUCGAUAGAAGGCUCUUAUGGCUUAUAAGUCAGCUCCACGAAGGUACCCUUGCCAGAGUGAGACUUACUCCUGCGGGCGACCUCACAAAUUCGAUACCAAUAAACAAGGGAGUGCGCCAAGGAUGUAUAUUGGCCCCCUGCCUAUUCAAUCUAUUCAUCAGCGACAUGCGAGCACCCCUAGUCAACUCAUCUCCAAGUACACAUGCGCCUAGACUAGCGGAUUACCGCUGUCCACUCCUUUUAUAUGCGGACGACGCGGUAAUUCUAUCUUAUACACGUGUUGGACUAACCAGAGCUCUGAAGAUCUUUGCCACGUAUUGUCAACUCAACCAAUUAACCAUCAAUCAUGCUAAAUCUAAGAUUCUGAUUUUCGCCAGAAGUCGGAGAUUAUACGAAUGGAAGCUUGGUGGAGCAAAAAUAGAGCAAGUCCUAAAAUUUCAAUACCUAGGAGUUAUUUUUCAAUACAAUUUGGGGUGGAAAGCACAUAUUCAACACCUACUUAAUAAGGCCAAAACUCUGUCAUAUGCGCUCCUCCGAUUUUUCUUUUCGGAUGGAGCUUUGCAUGUUCCCUCGGCCCUAAAGGUGUUCAAGGCAAAAGUGGUUCCCGUGCUUGCUUAUGCUGCCCCGCUCUGGGUCGUGAUGACAGACCUUGCUCCUCUUGAGACUUUGCAAAACCAAUUCCUACGUCGGCUCCUAAUGCUCCCCUGUGCGUAAGCAACGCAGCCAUGCGUUUAGAAUUGAGGAUCGCAUCCUUAGAAACCUGCCUGUGGAAGCAAGUCUUCAAUUAUUGGUUAUCAUUGUGGCAUAGAUUACCAGACCAUUACCUUGCCCAAUGCUUAUGGCGAGAUGAAUUCCCCAGCCUUUGGACCAGUAGAAUUCAUGCCAAACUCCUGAGCUAUGGAAUCUCUCCCUUAGAUUCCCUAAAACUAGAUCAAAUCACUGCUCAAAGACUGAUCCGCCAAAGACUGGAUGACAUCGAUUUACAGCAAAAUUAUAUGCUGGGGGGAGGUGUUUGUUCGCCCCAGAACAUUGGUAUCACUUUAACUUAUUGCGUUCCAUCAUACCUCUCCUCCCUUUCGACUGUUGCCCAUAGGCUGGCCUUCACCAAAGCGAGGUUUAAUGUUUUUCCCUCCAAUGUCCUGAGACAUAGAUUCUCAAAGGGCCAAACCUCCGCCAUGUGCGAAUGUGAUAAGGAGAUGCCGGAGUCGCUUCAGCACAUUAUGUUCACUUGCCCCUUAUUUAAGGUGCCACGGGCAAACUUGUUGGGAUCAAUCAUACAGAAAUUAGAGGGUACUCCACCAAAAUUCCACCUUGCCCAAAUCUUGCAGGAUAAGGAUGCCCAUACGACCCUGAAAGUGGCUAGGUUCCUGGUCGCUGUCCUUACCCAAAAGCGUCGCCAAGGAGCACCACAAGCUAAUUAAGGCGUAGUAUGCCAUUCCAUCUUAUAGUAGCUUAUUGUUAUAGUAUUGUUUUAGCGGCUGUUUUUUUCCCAUGUGCACAGGCUGUUAUUUAUGUCUUGUUUUUAUCUGUAUGGGCCUACGGCCGUAAUAAAUUAUUAUUAUUAUUAUUAUUCUCAUUGGUUAUUUGCUCUGAUUUGUUUGCAGGGUGCUUAUGCAUGUGUCUGUUAGUCAUUCAUCCAUCACACACUUUUCAAUGCAUUUCCCCAUCACUUUUGAAACUGCAGAAUUCCGGUUCUUUUUAAAAAAGUGGAUUUCUUGUGCUGGGGCAACAGAGCCCUUUAAUCUGGUUUAACUGUGCAAACCUAAAGUUCCUGUAUUUUAUUGAAUUUAUCUCUCAAAAUAGCGACUGGAGGCACCACUCUAUAAUGAUUUUGUAAGUCUUUUUUGUGCCACAGGACUAUUUGUUGUCCACAUUGCUUAACUCAUACCUAGAAAUGUUUUGCAGACUUGUGCACAAAUACUGCCAAUUUGCAACUUUUCAUAAAGUGCAAUGGAAAAAUAUUUGUGAAUGAAGUGGCAGCGUGUUUGUAGUAAGCUUGCAUAAAGAACAUUGCUUGCAUUAAAAAUUGCACAGCUCUCUUUAUUUUCUAGUUCACAGUGAAAAAUAAGGCUUUAAAACAUGCUUUAAAAACACAUAAAAUGCUGAAGGCACAAACAGCUGUUUCAUCUACUUUAUCAUAGAGUUUGCCCACUCUGUGCCAAUGUCCUUGCUUACAGGGAUAUUUUGCAUAGAUUCUAUAGCCACUGAGUUUUAUUUGAAUUGUUCCUUGUAAAAAAAAAAGGGAGAAGCGGAAAAAUAGGGCACAAAGUCCUUGUUGACAGAGCUGGCAUUAAAAUGCUGGCAAGAAUACAAGAGAAGACUCAAUCUAUACAAGCCAUCAGUUCUGGAUGAUAUGCAGCAGGGGAUCUUAAGGGAAUUAAUUAAUGAACAUUCUUCAUCAACUGACAAUUAUUUUUUGAGGAGACUUCAAGAAUCAUCGAGGUAUUUCUAUGAAAACCAAAUGUGAUAAAAGUAGUAUUCUUAGUACUGUCUAAUGGUAAAAAGAGAAUCUUUGAAAAUGCC